UUGUCGACUGAUUGAGUGUGAGAGAAACAGAAGAAGUGCCUCCUCAAAACCCUAACUCGUCAAACCUUCUUCCUCUCGCCGCUGCCACUACUACUACUUGGACCUUCAAGCGUUUCCAAAUCUUCUCGAGAGACCAAAUCUCCACCGCAACUAUGGCCACUUCCGCCGCUGCGCCGCGCCAGCUCUCUCAGAAGGAGCAAGACAUCCAGAUGAUGCUUGCGGCUGAGGUGCAUUUGGGAACCAAAAACUGCGACUUCCAGAUGGAACGCUAUGUCUUCAAACGCCGCAAUGAUGGUAUUUACAUAAUUAACCUUGGCAAGACAUGGGAGAAGCUCCAACUUGCUGCUAGGAUUAUUGUUGCCAUCGAGAAUCCGCAGGACAUCAUUGUUCAGUCUGCUAGGCCAUAUGGUCAGAGGGCAGUCUUGAAAUUUGCCCAAUACACCGGUGCAAAUGCAAUUGCUGGAAGGCACACUCCUGGAACAUUCACUAAUCAGAUGCAGACAUCCUAUAACGAGCCUCGCCUUCUUAUUCUGACUGAUCCAAGGACUGAUCAUCAGCCCAUUAAGGAAGGUGCUCUUGGAAAUAUUCCAACAAUUGCCUUUUGCGAUACUGAUUCUCCAAUGCGGUAUGUUGAUGUUGGCAUUCCUCCUGAAGAGGCCAAGCAACAAGAGGAGGAGGAAGCACCAGCUGCCCCAGAAUAUGCCAUUCAAGACUUUGGUGCUGCUGGCAUUGCCGGUUUCCCCACAGCUGAUGGUGAAUGGACGGCUGUCACAGUACAACCCUGGCCCGAGGCAGUUCCACAACAACCUAUUGCAGCUGCGCCUGCUGAUUGGGCCCCAGAUACUUCUGCAGCUGCAGGUGAUUGGGAACCGGUUCCAGCUCCUCAGCCUUCCGUUCCGGCACCCGGAGCUGUUGCUCCCACUAGUUGGGAAUAGGAUGAGUAUGGGAUUUUCUUUUGUUUAGGAUAGAUGCAUCAUUACCUGUAGGUUUGAUAUUUAAAUUUUGAUUUAGCAUACUGAUACUUGGUUUGUUUCAACAAUUUAAUUGUUCCGUUGCGACCGCUAAUGGUACUGAAGUUUGCUGAGACAAAAGAAUAUGUCGGGAUAACCUUACAAGAUCACAUUUUGCA